AUUAUUACCUGGUUACAUCAAGCAUAUUCAUCAAAUUCUUCUUGCUACAUUAAAACCUUUCUUAUCAGAGCUGUACAAUUCAAAUGUAUUGUAUGGAUAAAUUAUAUAUGAAAUCGUAUUGUUUCAUCAAUUUUGCUAUAGUAUUGACUGCAAUUUAGGUAUAAUAUUUUGUAUGUUUGAUUUAAUAUCUUCCUAUUCUAAAUCAUACCGUCUCAUGAUCUGAGAUGAACACCAAAGAUGGUUCAAAGAAAGUUCCUGCGGAGUCUGGAGCAACGAGUAGUACUCAAAAAGUGUCUUUAAGAGGAACUGAAAACUAUAUAUUCUACUCAAACGAUAAACUUGGAGCUGGAGCAACAGCAACUGUCUUCUUAGGCAGACAUAAAAAGACUGGAGAGAAAUAUGCUUUGAAAGUAUUUUUUCAAAAAGCAGACGCACGACCACUAAUUAUAAAAUUAAGGGAAUUUGAACUCUUACAAACUGUUAAACAUGAAAAUAUUGUACAAUUUUUUGGACAAGAGAAGGAAACAGUAACACAAGAUGAUAUCGCUAUAUUAGAAUAUUGCUCUGGUUCAAACCUACAUAGUUUGAUAGAACAACCGGAAAAUUUAUGUGGCUUAAGCGAGAAGAGAGUGUUGUUGGUGCUAAAGCACUUGAAAGAUGCAGUUGAAUAUCUUUUCUCUAAUAACAUUGUUCACAGAGACAUUAAACCAGGAAACAUUCUAAGAACAUUCACAGAAGAUGGUAGAGAAAUUUUUAAACUUGCCGAUUUUGGUGCUGCGAAAAUUUUAUCAGAGCAAGAUGAAGGUUUUAAAUCUCUGUAUGGUACGGAAGAAUUUUUACAUCCUGAAAUAUUUAAGGAAGCCCUUGCACCAAGGCAAUAUAGGGGAUCAGAGAGACAUUUUAAAUAUAAUACGGAUUUAUGGAGCAUUGGGUGCACAAUUUAUCACAUAGCUACUGGUAGACUUCCUUUUAAAGCUCACGAAGGAAGAAAAGAUAGAGAGUCUCUAUAUAAAAUUAUAACAAAGAAACCUGAUGAUGCUCUUUCGGCUGUACAAGAUCCAGUAAACAAAAAAAUUUCAUAUUUUACCGAAUUACCGAAUGAUAUUCGAUUAUCUAAAGGCGGAAAACGUGAAAUUACAAAAAUUUUACGUGGUCUAUUAAGCGUUAGAAGACCUUGGGAAUGUGGAGACUAUUUCAGAGCCGUUAAAGAUCUUGUAGAAAAGAAAAUCGUAUAUGUUUUCCUUUUCGAAUCCUGUAGUAUAUGUCAUAUUUUCGUUGAAGAGAGCAAUUUUACUAUUGAAAAUUUAAAAAAAAAGAUUUACGAAGAUAACGAAGACGUAUUACAUGAUAAGCGUUUAAUAUUUAACGGCGAAAGUAUAACUCAUUUAACGAGUAUUCCUGCAACAACCAAGGAUAAGCCUAUAAUGGUCAUUCCAAAAAAUUUUAUCGAAAGUGAAAUGCAAAAUUUUAAACUUGACAUUGUAUUACCUCUAUUUCAACCUGGUAUAAAUUGUGAAGAUGAUUUAAACGUUUCAAAAAGGAUUUGCGGUAUGCUACAUUUCUUUUUGAGAAGGAGUAAGGAAUUACAUCAUUGUAUGAAUAUUUUAGCAGAUUGCUGUAGUCAUUUGACAGCUAUGAGUAGGAAAUACGUAACAACUAUACAAGGAAAAGUUGAACAUCUUUCAAUUAAUGAACAGCUGUUAAACUACAUAAGAGUAUCUCCAGGUCUACGACGUUCGAUACAAAAUAAGAUAGACUCCAUUAAGGAUAUUAAUUUGAAAUUAAGCAGAGAUAUUGAUAAGAAACCUUAUCUUUCUAGUCGUUGUCAAGACACGGAUUCGUGUAAAGAGAAAAUAUCCGUUCAUGUUUUUCACGGUGAAAAAUCUCUUUUUAUAUUUAAAGCUAAUAAAACUAAAGGAAAAUUAACGUAUAACGAAGAACAAAUACACAAGUUCGAAAGGAAUAAAUUGGCUGAAUAUUGCGCAUUAAGUUAUUCAAUAUUAAUGGACGUAUGUUAUAAAUCGUGGAAAUCUUUAUCCGAAAAGAAUCACAAAUGGUACAGAGAUAUUUAUAGAAAAGUCAUAUAUCAGACAUGUGAAAUUGAAAACUUAAUAAAGGAGACACAAGAAUUGAUGACAACUGUAAUUAGAGAAAAUCAAACGCCUGCUGAAAAUAUUGAAUUCGACACCGAUAAUAAAUCCUCCAAUUCACCAGAAACAGAAUUGGUUAAUAGUAGAAAAUUCAAAGUAGUUGAACAGUUCACAACCGAAAAAAUUGAAUCGAAUAGUUUAAUUUCAAAUUUUGAAGACGCAAUGAAAGAUCUGGAAGUAUCUACCGACUAUCUAGCUCGUAUGGUAGCUGGAACGACGAGAGCUUGUCUACACCUAAAACUACUCGGUUUUAGGAGAAAUAAAAAGUGA